CAGCAUCUAAAUUCAAUGUCCUCCAUCGCCGUCGUCGGUGAUUCCAAUAACCGGCGGGAGGUUGUCGUCAAAAUAGACGACGACGAUUCUUCAACCAGUAGUAGAAACAUGGAGCAGCAGCAAUCGAAGAUAUGGCGGGGUUCAAGCUACGAUUUCUGGAAAGAGGAUGACAACAAUGUGAGGGAUGGUAAUAAAGACGAUUUUCAUUUCGUUCAACUAGGUCAGUCGUCGUCGGCGGCGGCAUCGGCUUCGCGGAGGAUACGCCAUCGAUUCUUAUCGAUCAGUUUUUGCAUAAGCAGAAGUAGUCCGGUGACACGUCGUUGGUUAUGGAUUUGGAGAUGGCUGAGCACCGCCACGAGCGAAAUUUGCCUCCGCUCGCAGAGUCUCCGGUCAAAAAGGAGCUCUUUCAGCCAGUCGAAGGAGCUCAAGGUUUCGUUCCACCCGGCGACGACGGCGGCGGCUUCGAAUGACGACGUCGAGAUUGGUCUCAGUGAGUCGGUACGUCGCCGGAAUAAGGACUCCACGGAGGGGGAUAGCAGGGGUGGUAGUGGUAGAGGUAAUGGUGACGAUGAGGUCGUGAGGUGUACGUCAAACGCAGAGUUUGAGGGCGAGGUUUCGUUUCAGAACAAGUCCAAUUUGUUAAGGCUGAAGAGAACCAGGUCUAGACAGAUCGACCCGCCGGAGGAACCCGAACAUCGAGCGGGUCGGGUUCCGAAAUCACUAAAUAACAUGCAAGACACAUGUUAUUUAGGCAUAUCAUUGCUAAAUUUUGUACGGAUCUCUCUUUUGGUACCUUUGUUAAACCACCCGCUUCCCAUUCUUUUUUAUCAGGACGUAGAGAUAGCGGAGCAUCAUCCUCAGCAGCAUCUAGAUUCAAGGUCCUCUGCCACCGUCGCCGGCGAUUCCAAUAACCGGCCGGAGGAUAUCGUCAAAAUAGGCGACGGCGAUUCUUCAACCAGUAGUAGAAACAUGGAGCAGCAGUCGAAGAUAUGGCUGGGUUCAAGCUCCGAUUUCUGGAAAGAGGAUGACAACAAUGUGAGGGACGGUAAUAAAGACGAUUUUCGUUUCGUUCAACCAGGUCAGUCGUCGUCGGCCUCGGCAUCACCGGAGGAUCCGCCGUCGAACCUUAUCGGUCAGUUUUUGCAUAAGCAGAAGUCGUCCGGCGACAUGUCGUUGGAUAUAAAUUUGGAGAUGGCUGAGCUCCGCCACGAGAGGAAUUUGCCGCCGCUCGCAGAGUCUCCGGCGAAGAGGAGAUCUUUCAGUCAGUCGAAGGAGCUCAAGGUUUCGUUCCACCCGACGACGGCGGCGGCAGCUUCGAAUGACGACGUCGAGAUUGGUCUCAGCGAGUCGGUACGUCGCCGGAAUAAGGACUCCACCGAGGAGGAUAGCAGGGGUGGUAGUGGUAGAGGUAAUGGUGACAAUGAGGUCGUGAGGUGUACGUCAAACGCAGAGUUUGAGCGCGAGCUUUCGUUUCAGAACAAGUCCAGUUUGUUAAAGCUGAAGAGAACCAAGUCUAGACUGAUGGACACGCCGGUGGAACCCGAAAAUGAAGCGGGUCGGGUUCCGAAAUCGGGUCAGAUGAUGAGAUCGGGGCACCUUAGAUCCGCGAUGCUGGGUAAAUGGCCUUUGGAUGACGAGGACGAUGACCUCUCCUGGGAAGAUGAUUUACCGGAUGAGUGCAAGAAAGCUAAUCUAAGCGCAUUGACACUGCUUCAAUGGCUGAGUUUGAUUGUGAUCAUUGGAGGAUUCGUCUGCACUCUCUCUAUACCCUUUUUGAGGCGUAAGAACUUGUGGAAAUUGAAGCUGUGGAAAUGGGAAGUCUUGCUUUUGGUAUUGAUUUGUGGGCGUUUGGUUUCCGGGUGGGGGGUCCGGAUGGUGGUGUUCUUUAUAGAAAGGAAUUUCCUUCUGCGGAAGAGGGUUUUGUAUUUUGUUUACGGGCUUCGGAAAGCUGUUCAGAAUUGCCUUUGGCUGGGUCUUGUUUUGCUGGCAUGGCACUUGCUGUUUGAUGAAAAGGUUGAGAGAGUGACCAAGAGUGAUAAACUUAAAUAUGUCACUAAAGUCUUGGUGUGUUUGUUGGCGGGUACCUUUGUUUGGUUGGUGAAGACCCUGAUUGUUAAAGUUCUAGCUUCUUCUUUCCAUGUUAUUAAAUACUUUGAUCGGAUUCAGGAGUCUCUUUUCUAUCAGUAUGUAAUCGAAACCCUUUCGGGUCCGCCAUUGAUUGAGAUAAAGAGAACAGAGAAAGAGGAUGAGAGGCUUGUGGAUGAGGUUAGGAAGCUACCGAAUGCUGGGGCUACUAUCCCUCCUGAUCUCAAGAAUGCUGCUUUCCCAACAGCCAAAAGUAGAAGGGUGAUUGGGAGUGGAGGUUUGCCGAGAAGUCCUAGAAGGAGCAUUAACUUUUCUCAACCAUUGAACCAGAAGCUAGAUGAUGGGAUAACAGUUGAUCACUUGCACAAGCUGAAUCCUAAGAAUGUGUCUGCUUGGAAUAUGAAGAGGCUAAUGAAUAUAGUUCGUCAUGGUUCUCUCACUACACUGGAUGAGCAGAUUGAGGAUUCCACCCGUGGCGAUGAGAAAGCAACCCAGAUCAUAAGUGAAGUUGAGGCAAAGGCUGCAGCUAAAAAGAUAUUUCAGAAUGUGGCUGGGCAUGGGUCAAAGAAUAUUUACGUACAAGAUUUAACACGUUUUUUGCGAGAUGACGAGGCUUUGAGGACCAUGAGUCUCUUUGAAGGGGCAUCUGAGAGUGGAAAAAUCAGCAAAACUUCCUUGAAGAACUGGGUGGUCAAUGCCUUUAGGGAGCGAAGAGCGCUUGCCUUGACGCUGAAUGACACAAAAACUGCUGUCAACAAACUCCAUCAAAUGGUUAAAGUAAUGAUUAUUCUCCUUAUAGUAGUUUUAUGGCUUCUCAUACUGGGAAUUGCCACCACCAAAUUUCUAGUGUUUGUCAGUUCCCAGCUAGUCCUUGUCGCAUUUGUUUUUGGAAACACAUGCAAGACAGUAUUUGAAGCAAUCAUUUUCUUAUUUGUGGUUCAUCCUUUUGACGUGGGAGAUCGGUGUGAAAUCGAUGGAGUUGAGAUGGUUGUAGAAGAAAUGAACAUCUUGACUACAGUUUUUCUAAGGUAUGACAAUUCGAAGAUUGUAUUCCCGAACGGCAUACUUUCAACUAAACCCAUCAACAACUAUUACCGUAGUCCCAACAUGGGAGAUGGUGUUGAAUUCUGCAUCCAUGUGUCUACUCCAGCAGAGAAAAUUGCUGCCAUUAAGCACAGAAUAACCAGUUAUAUCGAGAACAAGAAGGAGCAUUGGUGUGCUCAACCAAUGAUUGUAGUAAUGAAUGUGGAAGGUCUGGAUAGGGUAAGAUUUGCAGUGUGGCUAGGUCAUAAAAUGAAUUUCCAAGAUAUUGGAGAAAGGUGGGUGAGAAGAUCCCUUUUGGUUGAAGAAAUGAUGAAGACUUUCCAGGAGCUUGAUCUUCAAUACCGCCUCUUCCCUGUUGACAUUAACGUAUGUUCCAUGCCUUCUGUGACCUCUACACGAGUCCCCUCUAAUUGGACCGCAACGACAAGCUGAAGUAAGAAACACAGAAGUGAAAAUCUUAAUUAUCUGAUCUCAUUGGGAAGCAUAUAUUCAUUCCCUGGGCAGUUUCGACCCUGCAUAGAGUUGUCCAUAGAGUUGGAUGCUGUAGAAAGUGCAGAGCGUGAUUUUCUGUCCCCUUUUUUUUUUUUUUAGUUGAAAAUAUAGAAUAUGUAUUAUUAUUGUGCUUUAAAAUAACAUUGGUAAAUCAGACUUAAAAGUUGCCCGAACCUCUCUUUCUAUAAUUCUAUCUGCUGUAACUUGAUCUCUGAUAUCUAAAAUGUAGGUAAACAAGUUGCUAUUUUGGCGAG